AUGACCACCCCUCACAAGCGUCCAACAAGAGCCUCCGCAAAACGGGAAGCAGAUACCCCCUCCCCGCGUUCGAAAUCUUCGCCCCGCAAACCGAGGCCUCCAUCACCCAGGCAGUCGAUUUUGGCACGGACCAACCCACUACCCAUUAUCCAAGCGUAUGCAGCCGCUGUUAUCACUUACUUGACGAGUUGUGUAUACCUGUAUGGGCUUAUCUUUAGCAAUUGGUUGAAUGCGAAAACAGGCACGCAAACGAAACCGUAUUCAGCGCUGAAGAACAAAAUAGUGAUAAUAGGGGAUGACCACGCUUUUGGCUACGGCGACGACCUAUCUGUCGCCGGAACAUCAGGAAUUGCGGGACACCUCCGAAGAGCCUUACUAGGCGAACGCUACAAUCUACGUCAAUCAUGGGUGAUUCAUAACCGCGGAGCGAUGGGGACGACGAGUGAGGAUUGGCUACCGAAAAACGCAAAAGCCCCCAACGCCGGGCGCACCAAGUUCGAAGCGGUGUUUGAAGACCCCACAUACGCGGACGCCGAUGUGGUGAUCGUGUUCCUCGGGUCCAAUGACUACCGCAACCCCACCCUCGACCCCGAGUCCACAGUCCGCAACAUCGCCGCAACCUGCCGCACACUCUCCACCAUGGGCAAAGACGUCUGGAUCUGCACGAUACCCAACCACAACGAUGAACCCAAAGGCGACGCGGUCGUUGAGGCCAACAUGAGGCGGAAUGAGAUAUUGGGGUUGUGGAUUCAGAGUAAUCAGGAAAUAGUGAAACCCGGCCCACCGCUCGACGCACUGAGUUACGAUUUCCGACACAAAUCGUUCUGGACAAGUGAUGGGCAGCAUUUUUCUGCUAAGGGAUACCGAAAGUUGGCAAAAGACUUGGCAGACCUGAUGCGGACGAGUCUUGUUAAGAGGGAGUUUGCGAGGCUUAGCAAGUCUGUCAAGUUUUGA